AUGGCUGUAAAGUUGAGAUGGCCUUGGUUAGGGAUAGCUAUACCAACACUUUUGAUAUCAUUUAUAGGUUAUGGUGCGCAUUAUUUUAUUUUAUCCAAUUUCUUGCCAAUAGCGAAACAAAUAGGAUUUGAGUUUUCUUUGUCAAUGAUAUGGUUUUCUUAUUAUUUGGCCAUCUACACGAAUCCCGGAAGACCUUUACCCAACUACCAACCAACUCCUGGCAUCUGGCCGAAUUUCUGUAAGAAGUGCCAGAAUUAUAAACCAGAGCGUUCUCACCAUUGUAAAACCUGCAACCAAUGCGUUCUAAUGAUGGAUCAUCAUUGCCCUUGGACUAUGAAUUGUGUCGGCUUCGGAAACUAUCCGCAUUUCUUAAGAUUCUUAUUUUGGAUCAUUAUUACUACCAGUAUUUUAUUUUGCAUUCAAGUUAAGCGAAUAUGCUUCAUUUGGCAACGGAGGAACUUUCCUGGAUACCUCUUCAAAAAAUCAGAACUAACCUUUUUAACAAUUUUGAGUCCCUUGAAUUUUUUUGUCCUGUUAACGAUAACGGUCCUUUUCUUACGGUGUUUAUUUAAUCAAAUAGUGAACGGAAGAUCUCAAAUUGAGUCGUGGGAUAUGGAUCGGCUCGAAUCUCUAUUUGACUCCAGAAGGUUGAUCCAGAAAUUGAUUUAUAACACUUGGAGAAUCUAUCCUGAAUCAAAGACACUUCAACAUGAAAGGGACGCCGAAGGGCUUUUGAAGCAACAAAGAUCCAGUUUUGAAGGACUUGUAAAUUUCCCUUACAAUUUUGAUUUGCACACCAAUGCUAUAUUAUACCUUGGCCCUGUCCAUUUAUGGCUGUGGCCAUAUGGCAUUCCCACAGGGAAUGGAAACAACUUUCCAAAGAAUGAUAUAUCCAAUUAUGAAGUUGACUCCCCGUUAGAAGAUAUCAUCCUCUCACUUCCUUGGCCGCCUGAUGGAGGCGAAACAACUACCGUUUCUAAUCCUAAAACUUCAACGAUAGAGACAUGUAAUGAAGGCGGUGAACAGGUAGUAAGAAGUAGAGUUGCUCAAAAUGGCAGAUCUGCUUCCCGCGAAAAAUGGUUCAACGAUUGGGGGGAAUCACUGGACGAUUUUGGUGUCGACGUUGAUAUGGAAUAA